CGCACACUGAAGCCCGCCAUCAUGCCCGUCUCCUAUCUCGCUUUCAUCCUCGCCCUCACGGCUCUCAUUGCGUACCGGCUUAGCAAGGUCGGCCGUAGACCCGCUGGCUACCCUCCCGGGCCGCCAACGUGGCCACUGAUAGGGAAUCUUCACUUGAUGCCGAAGGACAAGGCCCAUCUCCAAUUCCAGAAAUGGGCUGAAGAAUACGGCCCCGUCUACUCGCUCAUUUUGGGGACCAAGGUCAUGAUCGUGCUCUCCUCUGAUCAGGCCAUCAAGGACCUGCUAGAUAAGCGGAGUGCUAUCUACUCGUCGCGUCCAGACAUGUAUCUUGGCCAGAUCGUGAGCGGCGGUUUACGUAUGCUGCUAAUGGAAUAUGGCGAAACCUGGCGCAUGAUUCGCAAGAUAGUCCACAACAACUUAAACAUCAAGGCGGCCAGAACUUACGUGCCUUACCAGGACCUUGAGAACAAGGCCAUGCUCAUUGGCUUCCUGGACACACCGAAUCUCUUCAUCAAUCACAUUCGGCGGUAUACGAACUCCCUCACCACUCAGAUGGUGUUUGGUUUCCGCACAACUAGCAUUGAUGACCCGAAGUUGAAGCAACUCUUCCAUGGGUUCGAACAAUUCUGCGAGGUUACCGGCACCCAGACUGCUGCACUGCUUGAUCUAUUUCCCUUCCUUCGAAUUUUGCCUGACUUCACAGUUCCGCUGCGCAAAUACGCCAAGAAUUUGCACCAAAAAGAGAGGGAGCUGUACGUUGGUCACUGGAUGAAUGUCAAGAAAGCCAUCAAAAAAGGCACGGCUAAACCAUGCUUUUGUCUCGACCUAGUCCGAGCCCAAGAUGAGGAGAAUUUCUCUGAUGACCUCGCCGGCUAUGUUAGCGGCUCGCUCCUCGAGGCAGGCUCUGACACGACAGCCGCAACACUGGUUGGCUUCGUGCAGGCGAUGAUACUGUUUCCAGAGGUUAUGAAAGCGGCACAGGAAGAGCUUGACAGCAUCUGCGGGGACCGUCUCCCCACCAUGGAUGACGAACCAAACCUGCCAUACAUUCGCGGCUGCGUAAAAGAGAGCAUGCGCUGGAUGCCAACGGAUAUCCUUGGAGUUCCGCAUGCUGUGAUUCGCGACGAUGAUUACAUGGGCUAUAAGAUUCCAAAGGGCGCUGGGGUGAUGUGGAAUGUCUGGGCCAUUCACAUGAACCCCAAGCGCCAUCCGGAUCCACGACGCUUCGACCCCUCCCGCUACGCCCAUGACAACCAAACUGCAGCCGAAGCAGCCAGCAACGGGAACGCAGCGGCUCGCGAUCAUUUCGUCUUUGGCGCAGGUAGACGUUUGUGCCAGGGUAUGCAUAUUGCUGAGAGGUCGCUGUUCCUCGCCAUCUCGCGGCUGCUCUGGGCGUUCGACUUCCAAAAGGCGCUUGAUGACAACGGCAACGAGAUAACGCCAGAUGCUGAUGACCUGACCGAGGGCCUGUUUGUACUGCCAAAACCAUUCCUAGCUAGGAUCGUGCCAAGGAACAGUGAGAAAGUUGCGCAUGUGAGGGCCGAGUGGGCUAAGAUGGAAGACUUGCUGGAUGAUGAACUGCAGUGGAAAGUUCUUCCAGAGGGACUUAUCUGGAGGCAGUACGAGCUAGCCACCGAGAAAGCAGUUUGAUUCAAACGUCUCGAAGGCUAGAGCUCCGCAGACCAGACAAUACUAAUGGUUGAUCAAGUAGCAUCUUCUCUCCGCAAUCGAGAUGAGCUGAAUUUGAUGUCUCGUUGAUUAAUUCAGAUGGCCUCCGCCCAGAGGCGCUUUACAUGGCGGGAUCACGGACCGCUUUUAAAGCGGCGUGGUUUUAGCUGUUCUAAAAUACAGACGUGCUUAACAAAAGUUUCCGCGGCGCU